AUGAACUUCAUAUCUACAACUGUCAUUCAUGAUGCCAACCGCACUUUCAAUGAUGUUCAAUUCUGGUCGGACCAAAGUAACCCUGCAGUGAUGGUAGAUUCCUGCGAAUGCAUCACCUACAUUAACUGCAACAAAAUACCCAUUUACCUAAUCAGUGGCAAGUCGUUUCUGAUAUUUAGUAAUGACUCUGAAACUGAGCUAUUUUUCAAGGAGAAAAUUAUCCAAGCUCCAUCAAAAAUGGACUUUAGUUGUGGUCUUUUGACCAUUGCAGGCAAAGGGAAGUGCAUUGUCUUUUAUUAUGAAAACCAGAUGAAAUGUUUACUCUUGGACUUUACCAAGUUGGAGCAGAUGAGAAACUCUCUUAAAAUUGAGGAUGCGAUUGCAAAUUCAUUUAUAAAGCCACGAACAAAUUGCCAAUCUGUACCAGCAGUCACUGCAUUCGAUAGGAUAUUAAAGAAGAAACAGGAAAGCAACCCAUUUCUCGCAGUGCAACUGAAAGCAGACAAAUCACUGCUUCUUUCUACCCAAGAGCAAAUUGGAACAGCCGUGAAUAAGAUUAUUCAAUCGGGAUUGAGAAUUCGUGGUCUAUCAGUAAACCAAACAGAGUCAAUCAAUGACAAGUUAAAGAUCAAGGAGAUAUAUCAAAUGACCUACAAAGCUACAAUGUUCUCACUCAGGAAAUUCAAUUACAGUUUCAACAAGAGAGCAGAGUCGGAAAAGAUACAGGUGUCAUGGAGCGAUUUACAGGAAACAGUUGAAAAUUUGUUGCAUCUAUUCAUCGACUUGGAUUAG